UGGCAAGCAUUUGGACGAAGUUACUAGUGGCUGUGUUCGUGGUGGAGGUGAUGGCAAAUGGGUAUGGGCAUAUAGAUGUUUUAAGAACCAAUUCAAGCUUGAAAAUGGAUACUGUAGUCGAACACAUUGAUAGAAAUGUGAAAGCUAUCAGGCCGAUAAUUCAAUCGGUCAGAUUUAUAGAAGAAAGUUAUUUUAAACUUUAUAUUGAAGUUAAAAACAUUGUUGAUCUCCUAAACAUCAUUUUGGACUUGACUCUUAGAAUAUUCCAUUGUGAUUACCUGAGCUGAAUAACUCCUGAAGUAGUCAUUGUCAAAAUUUUUCGUGAAUUCAGAAACUUCAGCAGAGAUGUUAUAACCGAGAUACUUUAUGGAUAUGUAUACUUAUUUACUGUGUAUAUCAAAAAAGAGUUUGGCAUUAUUACCAAGAUUAUCGAAGAUAAAGGUUUAGAGAUUUUUACACAGAAUUCAGACUGUAUUCGUAUGAGAAUUGGGCAAUACUACAUGCAAACUUUUGUUGGUGGCAAUACUUCUGAGUGUUCAGAGUUCGAUCAGAUCAUCCAUAGUUUCUCAGAGCAGAAAGUUGAUGAAAGAAAAAAUGUCUUUUACUUAGGCUUUCUCAUACUAGCCAUUAUCUUUCUUUGCUUUCUAUAUAAGUCGAUCAUUAAACUAAUAAUCCAAGAAUACAGAACCUACAAAGACCUAAAACUACUCGAGAACAUAUCUCCUCCAACUUCAUCUACCAGCUCCAAUCCCAUUGAAAUUCCAAACAGAUCAUACCCCUCACACGCUCCCCAAAGCCACAACCCACUUUCAUCCCCAUCAUCAACCUAACAUAUCCCCCUACAACUUCCA